AUACGCAACAAAUCAACACGUAUACCAUGAAAACCAUCCAACUGCCUUCUCUGCUUCACCUUACUCUCUUGCUUUUCUUGCUCCCAUCGAAGACCACUUCAUCUGCAUCGCCUUUAACUCAAGCCCAAGCCCAAGCCCUCCUCAAAUGGAAGAACAGCUUUUCUUCUUCACCAGCUUCUCUAAAUUCAUGGUCUUUCACCAACCACAACAACCUCUGCAACUGGACUGCCAUUGUCUGCGACAACACCACCUCAACAGUCUCCCAAAUAGACCUUUCCAAUAUCAAUGUAACCGGCACAUUGACCCACUUCAACUUCACUCCGUUUCUUGAUCUCACCGUCUUCAAUCUCCACAACACCACUCUCAGUGGGACAAUACCUUCAGCCAUUGGAGACCUGUCCAAGCUCACUGAGUUGGACUUGGGACAAAAUAUUUUGGAAGGGGAAAUACCAUUGGGUAUGAGCAGGUUAACAGAGCUUCGGUAUCUCAGUCUUCACAACAACAAUCUCAAUGGUACCAUUCCCUAUCAACUUAGCAAUCUGCAAAAGGUAUGGUACUUGGACCUUGGACGGAACUACUUUGGAUCUCCAGACUGGUCUAAAUUUUCAUCCAUGCCAUUGUUGACCCACCUUGACCUUUAUCUCAAUCUUCUUGAUUCAGAAUUCCCAGUAUUCAUAUCAGAAUGCAGGAACUUGACGUUUCUGGACUUGUCCAAGAAUCAGCAGUUAACUGGCCAAAUACCAGAAUGGGUAUUUAGCAAUCUGGGCAAGCUUGAAUAUCUCAAUCUCAAAAAUAACCAAUUCAUUGGUCCUUUAUCUUCAAGCAUUUCCAAGCUUUCCAAUCUCAAACAUCUCAUUCUCGCAAAUAACCGCUUGAAUGGUACAAUUCCUGAUGACAUUGGUUUUAUACCUCAUCUUCAACUUCUUGAUUUGUUCAACAAUUCCUUUGAAGGUCAAAUUCCUACCCCUAUAUCCCAGCUCAAGGAGCUUUCUCACCUCGAUCUCGGACAAAAUUUCCUAAACUCCACAAUCCCUCAUGAGCUUGGCUCUUGUACCAGUCUCACUUUCUUGGCCCUGGCUGUAAAUAACCUCAGUGGGGAGCUGCCUUUGUCUCUAUCCGAUCUUAAAAAUCUCACUGAAUUGGGUUUGUCUGAUAAUUCAUUUUCUGGUCCUGUUUCCCCUGAUCUUAUCUCCAAUUGGACUCAACUGAAAUCGUUACAACUUCAAAACAAUAGCUUCACUGGGGAAAUUCCUCCUGAAAUUGGCCUUUUGACAAACCUCAAUUAUCUUUUGCUGUAUCGGAAUAAUCUUUCAGGACUAAUCCCCCCAGAGAUAGGAAACUUGAAGAACCUCACAGAUUUAGACCUUUCCAUAAACCAACUAACCGGUCCAAUUCCUCCUACUUUUGGUAAUCUCACAAAACUUCAACACGUGCAACUUUUUUACAACGGCCUCAAUGGGACAAUCCCGCCGGAGAUUGGAAACAUGACGUCACUGGUCAUAUUCGACGUCGACACCAACCAACUUUCCGGUGAGUUACCGGAUACCAUUUGUGAUCUCGGUAACUUAGAAGCAUUCUCUGUUUUCACCAAUUAUUUAUCCGGAAACAUUCCCAAAGAUUUUGGGAAGAACAAUCCUAGGCUGGCCAGAGUUAGACUUUCACACAACAGUUUCUCUGGAGAAUUGCCCCAGGAAUUGUGUAGCGGGUUGGCUCUUAAAAAUGUGAAUGUGAGAAAUAACAGUUUUACAGGGCCAUUACCAGAGUGCUUGAGAAAUUGUUCCAGAUUAGAAACCGCAGAGUUUGGUAAAAACCAAUUCAACGGAGACAUUACGAAUGCAUUUGGGGUUUAUCCGAAUCUCAAAAAAUUGGAUCUUAGUCACAAUCAAUUUGUGGGUAAAAUCUCAGCAGAGUGGGGUGAAAGUAAAAAUCUCACAGAGAUGAAGAUGGAUGAGAAUAAGAUUUCGGGUCGAAUCCCACCUGAGAUCGGAAAGCUAAAUCGGUUGGGGCGUCUGACACUUGUAAACAAUGAGCUGAGCGGGGAGAUUCCAGCUGAACUGGGUAAACUAAAAAUGCUAUUCCAUCUCAAUCUCAGCAACAAUCAUUUUUCUGGGAAAAUCCCGGAGAGUAUCGGCAAUCUGACAAGCUUACGAAAGAUUGAUUUAUCCGUAAACAAUUUCUCUGGGCACAUUCCAAAGGGACUUUAUAACUGUGUCGGACUGUUAAGCUUGAACCUAAGCCACAACAAUUUUUCCGGCGAAAUACCAUCGGACAUUGGCAACUUGGUUUACUUGCAAACUUUGUUGGAUCUCAGCAGCAAUUCACUAUCUGGAGAAAUCCCAUCAAGCUUCACCAAGCUUGUACGUUUGGAAAUUCUGAACCUCUCGAAUAACCAUCUAUCCGGCAAAAUCCCACCGCCAACGUCCAAAAUGAUUAGUCUGGACUCUGCUGAUUUUUCUUUCAACAACUUCACGGGUCCAAUACCAACAGAAGGCUUUUUCAAAAAUCCUCCUGAAAAUGCAUUUUUAGGAAACUCUGGUUUGUGUGGAAAUUUUUCUAGGCGGCUCAUUCCAUGCCCUUUUUCUUCAGACAAAAAGCCCAGUAAGAUUCUGAUCGAAAUCCUUGUCCCCGUGUGUGCAGUAGUAGUAGUCGUGUAUGCCAUCAUCUUCGCUAUGUUUCUUAUGAGUCGACGAUUAAGAAUUCAAGACGAAGAAAACAGAGUUGUUAAAAACGAGUCGGUAAUAUGGGAGAGAGAAAGAAAGUUUACAUUUUUGGAAAUCAUGAAUGCAACCGAGAACUUCGACGAUAAGUACUGCAUCGGGAAUGGAGGAUUUGGGGUAGUAUACAAAGCGGUUUUAUCUUCUGGUCUUGCUGUUGCGGUUAAGCGGUUGAAGAUAACAGAGUCUGCCAACAUCCCGGAAACAAACCGCUGGAGUUUCGAGAACGAGAUAAGAACUCUGACGGACAUCCGGCACCGGAAUAUCAUAAAGCUAUAUGGGUUCUACAACAGGAGGGGUCGCAUGCACUUGGUUUAUGAAUACGUAGAAAGAGGAAGCUUGAGAAAGGUGUUGUAUGGUUUGGAUAAUGGAAAAGAUGUGGAUCUGGGUUGGGACAAAAGGGUCAGAAUUGUCCAAGGACUGGCUCAUGCGCUUUCCUACUUGCACCAUGACUGCUCGCCGCCGAUCGUUCACCGGGAUGUGUCUUUGGGCAAUGUACUGCUGGAGUCGGAUUUUGAGCCACGGCUAUCGGAUUUUGGCACUGCCAGACUGUUGAGCCCUGAUUCAUCCAACUGGACUACUGUUGCUGGGUCCUACGGCUACAUGGCCCCAGAACUAGCUCUUACAAUGAGAGUUACAGAGAAAUGUGAUGUAUAUAGUUUUGGGGUGGUAGCUUUAGAAAUAAUGAUGGGAAGACAUCCAGGAGAGCUUCUGGAUGGCCUAUCAUGGCCAUCGAAAUCGACAUCGACAUCAACAUCAGAGAUUAUUAAUGUAGAAAGUUUGCUGUUGAAAGACAUUUUGGACCACCGGCUUGAGCAACCGAGAGGUAGAGUUGCAGUGGCGGUGGUGAUGGUGGUGAGCUUAGCGCUAGCCUGCACGCGAAACUCUCCAGAGUCACGACCCGUCAUGCGGUUUGUGGCACAAGAAUUGUCCACUAUUAGGAGUAGGCCACGGACUUCCUUGUCUGAGCCUUUAGAUAGAUUAACAAUCAACAAGCUUCUAAAUCCUGCCGAGUAGAAUAAUAAGAAAUCCAUAACCUAUUUGUUUACCUUUC